GCAGCCGGGGGUGGGGGGUGCAGGGCCUGACGGACUGACAGCCUGCCCCAGCCUGACCAGAGAAGCUGCGGUGGGACACCCGCGAGCACCCUGCCUCCCUCCCGCCCACCGGCCGCCAGCCUCCUCGCCGGAGAAAAGACAGUGCCAGUACAUUUGGAUAAAAUUCGGCAUAAUAAGAAUUCACUUUGAGGUUGGCAAAGCACUUUACAUAUCAAUCAAUCAGCAGGAAAAAUGCUUUUUGAAAGCAGUUCAUUUUUGAAGGGUAUGAUGCUUGGAAGCAUUUUCUGUGCUUUGGUUACUAUGCUAGGACACAUUAGGAUUGGUCAUGAAAAUAUAACUCAUCACGAGCACCAUCACCUCCAAGCACUUAGCAAAGAAGACUUUCUGAAAAUUUCCGAAGCUGAACGCAUGGAACUUGUUAAGAGUAUUCGUGUAUACUGUAUGAUACUUGUCAAACCCAAAGAUGUGGGUCGUUGGGCAGCCGUGAAAGACACUUGGACCAAACACUGUGACAAAGUAGAGUUCUUCUGUACUGAAAGUAUUAAGGUGUUUGAGUCGAUUAAUCUUGAAACAAAUGACAUGUGGACAAUGAUGAGAAAAGCAUAUAAAUAUGCUUAUGAUAAGUAUAAAGAUGAAUACAACUGGUUCUUCCUUGCCCGACCUACUACAUUUGCUGUAAUUGAAAAUUUGAAGUUUUUCUUGUUGAAAAGAGACGCAACACAACCAUUUUAUAUAGGCCAUACUGUAAAAUCUGGAGAGCUUGAGUAUGUGGAUAUUGAAGGAGGAAUUGUCUUAAGUAUAGAAUCAAUAAAAAGACUGAACAGCCUUCUCAGUGACCCCGAAAAGUGUCCUGAACAAGGAGGUAUGAUUUGGAAGGUAUCUGAAGAUAAGCAGCUAGCAGUCUGCUUGAAAUAUUCUGGAGUGUUUGCAGAAAAUGCCGAAGAUUCUGAAGGAAAAGAUGUAUUUAACACCAAAUCAGUUGGGUUUCUUAUUAAAGAGGCAAUGUCUAAUAACCCCCAGCAAGUAGUAGAAGGAUGCUGUUCAGACAUGGCUGUCACUUUUAAUGACCUAGCUCCAAACCAGAUGCACGUGAUGAUGUAUGGCGUAUACCGGCUUAGGGCAUAUGGACAUACUUUUAAUGACGCAUUAGUUUUCUUACCUCCAAAUGGGUCAGACAACGACUGAACUCUUGAAGAAGUCAGCGUGUAGAUGGUAUAGAACAUGCAAUGAUUUCCCAUUGCAUACAGUAACUUAACUGCACGUCCACAUAGCGGGUUGUUUGGGGGUUGGUUUUUUGUUGAUUUUUUUUUAUUUGUGGGAAUUGGUGUGUUUUGGCACAUAAUAAGGUUUUACAAAUGGGUAUUUUUUUUCUAAAACUUUUUUAUAAAAGUUUCUGGCUUUCAACUAUGUUGGAAAGAAAAAUCUCUUAAGAGUAAGGCUUAUGUGAGCAAAUGAUCAGAUUUGUAAGGGGUAUUUGCAAAUAUUUAUAUGACACUUCCAAACAAUCACUAUUUGGGAAAUCCAGUGUGAAAUAUAUUUUUGCUAAAUUUUUUUUAUUGUAGAAAGGUUUCUUUACAACAUUUCUUGCUAAUAUCUUUCUAUCUUUCUAAGAUAUGCAAAUCAAACAUAAAUUAAAUCACUGGACAUAAAUUUGCUAUUCAAGUAGGCCUUUCAGCUGGAUAUUUAUUUUCUUGAUGGCGCACAUACUGAGCUUUGACAAGUGCCAAUGGAUUUGCCUUCUCAAAUUGAGCAGCCAAGCAACUAAGGCAAUGUACCUAAGCAAACUUAAUAGAUGAAUGAAUUUUUUGUAUCAGAACAAGUGGCUGCAAGAAUUAUUUAACCCUCGUGGUUCUAAUCUGGUGACAUCUGUGGGUGCUGAAGCUAGACUCCUAGAAAUUACAGUGUGGUUGUCACACUCUUCCAUGUAGGUACUGAAACUAAGCAGUGCAUACACCCACAUCCUGCUCCUCUUUCCUCUAGUUAAUGUGGUAUGAUUGUGAGUGGUGUCCCUGCUAAUCAAGCAUGCAACUUGGCUGAAAGUCCAUCAGUUGAGGUUCAUGCCUGCCGAGCCAGAGAUCAUGUCGGUGACUGCAGAAUAGGUCUCAAGCCAUCUCACUCCACUCAGUUGCUCAUAAUCUAUCCCUUGCGGUGACUACGGCUGAGUGUCUCAUUCCAUAUUUGGUUAGCCUGGAGGCUUUGCCCUCUUUCACAUGUGGACAUCAUUAUUCUUCAUUGAAUCAGUGCAACAGGGCCUUAUGACUGUAAAGCUUCACCUAGUGCAGAAUAUAGCACUGAAGCAUGCCACAUCUGGGGUUGGCUUCCCCUAUAAUCUGGCCUGUGCACCUGGUUCUUUUAUGAUGUAAUCCUAAAUGACGUAUUGCAUCAGGUCAAUAAAGCCCUGUAUGGUUUAAGACCAGGACAUCUUAGAGCUAAACAUUUGCCUUAAUCAUCCUUAGAGUUUUAAUGGUUGUCAACUUUAGCCAAUCAGAGGCAGAGCUGUUUCCCAAAGAGGGCCCCAGGCUCCUGCAUUUCCUUCUUCCAUUAUAUAUUGCAAUAAAAUUAAAAUGAAACCUUCCAAGAAUUGUGGGAAGCCCUGGGUUUUAAUCUAGCAUCCUCCAGCAGCCAGGUUCUCCAGGUUGGGGGCUUUAAGAUGCCGAUUUUUUAAAAAAUGAUAAUUGAAAUAGUCUUAAAAUAAAACACUUCCGGUACCUACCAGCUUUGAUUUUACCAUGGGUCAGCUUGUGUUCCCUGUGUACCUCGUGAUGUCUAGUAUCCCUCACAAUAACCAAUAGCUCAUGAUGUGCAGGUGUUAGUCAUGUCCAACAACACCAGCAGUUUGAGGAAUUUCUACUGUAUCUGUAAUCAAGUAUGCUAAUGGACUGUUAGGUCUGGUGACGCACAAGAGUCAAAUCUUAAUAAGUAUUUCAGAGACUGUAAUCCAUUGUCGAAUUUACUGACAGCCUUGCACUGUCGGCAUUGUAUUUGAGCCAAUUAGUCCUCAGAAUAUUGAAUGACCCUUCCUGCCACAUAAGUAUAACUUCCAGUUUGCCUUAAAGAUUUAUGUGUCUCUUUGUAUCCACUGUAGUUUUGUAGAUAAAAGCCUGGACCAAUAACUCAGAAAAUAAAGCUGUCAAGGCCAAGGUCACUGAUUUUUCUCUCCAUACAGAAAAGCGCUCUGGUCCAUAGCCACAAACUGCUGCUCGGACCCUAGCCAGCUAAUUCAUUUUGUGUUAUUGGUCACUGAGGGUCUUGGUGAGUGUAUGGAUGGCCCAGUGCAAACCUAGCCUCACUUUAUGUGGUAGAUGUGCUCCUAAAGGAUUGCAUGUAAAUCAACUAACAUGUACUGUAUCAGAAACCCCCAUUUUUAAAAGUCCUUUCUGCUGAAUCCUUUGUAAAAGAAAAACAGCCUUUGGCAAUGUAACUUAAUAAGUCACUCCCCAAUCCAUUUUUAUCAAAGCCACUGAAAAGGACAUAUCUUAUUGAUGGUGACCCAGUAACGUCAUCAUCACGUGUUGACUCAUUUUUUAUUGUACGGGUUGUAUGUAUUAGCUGUAUGCUUGAAGAGGUCUUGUUGAGCAUGUUUCUAUAUUGAAUCACAGUUUUCCAUUGACUUCAUUAUAAUUUCUGAGAUGUGCCCUGGCAAAGCUUGAGUAAAAUAAAAAUUUCAAUUAAGAACCCUAA